AACAAUUUAUUCCAUCCAAAGGCUGCGCCAAAAGGCACUGUCUGAAAAUAAUUAUACACUGCGAUUAUGAAAAUUUGGGAAUUAAACAAACGCGAAGCGUAGCGAUGUGGGUUUCCAUAAGUUCUAAGCAUGAUGGUUAGUGCGACUGAGAAUGUUAUUUUGGUAGUAAUAAAUGAUGGGAUGAUUCUUAAUUUCCGCGAUUCCCUUUGAAGCAAAAGCAGUAGCAGUAACCAGCGCGAAUCCAACGCUAAGCAUGAGCAAGCGACAAGAAGAUGAGCGUAACAUAGCUGCUCUCGACUCCAGAUUCAGCCAGACCCUCAGAAAUGUUCAAGGGUUACUCAAAGGUCGUAGCAUGCCUGGUAAAAUAUUAUUGAGUCGUUGGUCUGACUCACCGGACAACUCAAAUUACAAGAGGAGUUUUUCUCACAAUGAUGCUGGCACAAGUGAUCAUGCAUCUGGGACAAUAGAGGAGGAAUUGCAUAGUACAAGCAAACCAAUUAGUGUUGCUAAUGUUACUAAGCUACAGAUCUCAACAUCCUUUGGAGACAGCCCACCUGAAGAAAUCCGCAAGUCUACCAUGGGUGCUAGAGCUACAGAUUCUACAAGAGUUAUGAAGUUCACUAAGGUGCUUUCCGGGACAGUGGUUAUAUUAGAUAAGUUGCGUGAAUUAGCUUGGAGUGGUGUUCCAGACGAUAUGCGUCCUAAGGUGUGGAGACUUCUCUUGGGAUAUGCACCACCUAAUUCAGAUAGAAGCGAGGGAGUUCUAAGAAGGAAGCGCCUUGAAUAUCUCGACUGUAUUUCACAGUAUUACGAUAUUCCUGAUACAGAACGUUCAGAUGACGAGGUCAACAUGCUUCGCCAGAUUGGUGUUGAUUGUCCAAGAACUGUUCCUGAUGUUCCAUUCUUCCAGCAACAGCAAGUUCAGAAAUCAUUGGAACGUAUUCUUUAUGCAUGGGCCAUUCGGCAUCCUGCAAGUGGAUAUGUUCAGGGGAUAAAUGAUCUCGUUACACCAUUUCUGGUUGUUUUCUUGUCAGAAUAUUUAGAAGGGGGUAUAGAUAAUUGGUCAAUGUCUGAUUUAUCUUCAGAUAUAAUCUCUAAUAUAGAGGCUGACUGCUACUGGUGCCUGUCAAAGUUGCUUGAUGGUAUGCAAGACCAUUACACAUUUGCUCAACCUGGAAUUCAGAGGCUCGUUUUUAAGUUGAAAGAAUUGGUCAGGAGGAUUGAUGAGCCUGUUUCGCGACAUAUGGAGGAUCAGGGACUUGAAUUUCUUCAGUUUGCUUUCCGCUGGUUCAACUGUCUUCUAAUCCGUGAGAUACCAUUCCAUCUCAUCAGCCGCCUUUGGGACACAUAUCUAGCUGAAGGAGAUGCCUUACCAGACUUCCUAGUAUAUAUAUUUGCCAGCUUCCUUCUAACGUGGUCGGACAAACUCCAGAAACUGGAUUUCCAAGAAUUGGUGAUGUUCCUUCAACACCUUCCAACACAAAACUGGACACACCAAGAGCUGGAGAUGGUGCUUUCCCGGGCAUUUAUGUGGCACAGCAUGUUCAACAACUCUCCAAACCAUUUAGCUAGCUGAGCUGGCAAUUGUGUUUUUCCGAAUGUAGUUCUCCUUCAGUUUUCCCUUUUCUUGCUUUCUACCACUUUCGCUCUUGGUCAGUGUAUGGUGCUUUUCGGUGAUGAACUAAUUUUUUAACCAAUUUUACUUGUACGUUACCUUGUAAUAUUUUUGUAAAGGAGAGACAAAAACAAAUGAUAGCUAGAGUCUAUUUUGUUGUAUUAACUAUAUAUUUUCAGAACAGCAAUCAAUACCCAGUUUGUGUAUGCAUUCUUUUAAUGAAUUCUUG